AGCCCUUCAGUGCAACCCCAUGUGCCUGGCCAUGGAGGUGUGUGUGCGGCUGCUGUGAGCCACAAAGGGCGAGGAGACAGGGAGAGGAGGUACCCUGUGCAGCUCCCAUAUACCCUCCCCCACCAGCCAAGAACAGACACAUCCAAUCCAGCCUCAUUGCUGUCAGGAGCUCCUCUCUGAUCCCCCCACCCCAAACCCCUCCCCCUCUCCCCUCCAGCCUGCUCACACUCAGGAAUGAUGAAAAAAAAUAAUUCUGCAAAAAGGGGGCCACAGGAUGGAAACCAGCAAUCCAUGCAGCCAGAGAAGGUCGGCUGGGUUCGGAAAUUUUGCGGGAAAGGCAUUUUUAGGGAAAUCUGGAAAAACCGUUAUGUGGUUUUGAAGGGAGAUCAGCUUUAUAUCUCAGAGAAAGAGGUCAAAGAUGAGAAAAACAUCCAGGAAGUGUUUGACCUGAGUGAUUAUGAGAAAUGCGAAGAGCUCAGGAAGUCCAAAAGCAGAAGCAAAAAGAACCACAGCAAGUUCACGCUAGCACACUCCAAACAGCCUGGAAACAUGGCACCCAAUCUGAUCUUCCUGGCCGUCAGUCCGGAAGAGAAAGAGUCCUGGAUCAACGCCCUCAACUCCGCCAUCACCCGAGCCAAAAACCGCAUCUUAGAUGAGGUGACUGUUGAGGAGGACAGCUACCUCGCCCAUCCGACCCGUGACAGAGCGAAAAUCCAGCACUCCAGACGGCCUCCGACACGGGGACACUUGAUGGCUGUGGCAUCUACCUCAACGUCGGAUGGCAUGCUGACACUGGACCUCAUCCAAGAGGAAGACACCUCUCCCGAGGACCACGGGACCUGUGAAGAGAGCUUCCGGGUAGACCUGGAUAAAUCCGUGGCGCACCUCACUGCCAGCCGGUGCCGGUCGGAUUCGGAGAACAUCAAGUCCUCAGAGAAAGGCCGGUCAGUGAGCCUGCCAAGACGAGAGGCGAUCUCAUGGGACAAAACUGGGAAACGCAACGACGCCUUCGAGAAAGGGACUAUGUACACCCCGCAGGUCCCCAAAAAGCUCUCGCACUCGGAAAAGAACAAAUGUGCCUCCAUGGAGGAGAUUUUGUCUCGCCGGGACUCUUCUGCGCACAGGGCAGUGCUGAGGAAGGGGCUGGAGGCUCAGUUUGCUUCGGGUGAGCCAGAGCAGCUGGCCCGGAUACAGGAACUGGUUGCACUGAAACUGGAAAAAACUCAGGAACUGCUGGCGGAGGUGAAGGGCUAUGGUGAAGGGAAGCGAAAGACAAAAGAUUUUGCCGCUGCUGCCACCACCACCUCUUCCUCUUCUAAGUCAGACUCUGAGAGCAUCUUGCAGGAGACAGAGAGGUUGCUGGGCGAGGCCUCCUCAACCUGGAGCCAGGCCAAGAAGGUGUUACAGGAGAUUAAAGAGCUGAGGGACCUGUACAAACAGUUAGAACUGCAGCCGUCAGACCCUAAACCCAAACAGAUCUCACAGUCUCAGUACAGGAAGAGCAUGAUGUGAAGGCACGCUUCAGGGUGGGGUGGUGGUGAUUUCUUUUUAUGAUUAUUUACAGUGUUUGAAACAGUACAACGUGCCUGUUCUCAUCAAAACUUGCUCCUCAAGCUUCACCCCUUCCCUUCCCCAGAUCUCCCCCUCGCCCCCCGUCCCCAGAUGAAACAGAAGGUGUUCCAAUAAAUCAGUUUGGAUUCCUACUUUUUUUCCAAGUAUCUUUUCUCUGCGUUCUUGGGCUGCUUGUGUCAUGCUUGCAGGAUGGAAGAUCACCAAGACCUGGAAAGCUCCCAGCGCACUUGUGGAGACAUACGCACAGCAGCAGGGGUAGAUAUUCUUCCUCUAUUGAAGCCCUGGGUUUGCUGCUCUGAACCCAGAGCUGUGGUUCUGUGUCCUGCGUUACAGCUCUUUGAUCAAGAGCAUUGGCAACUUGGUUUAUGUUUUUCCUCCUCUUUAAAGAAAGAGUCAGCACGUGGAGGUCCCCGUUAUCCAAAAACUGUUAGGAAGAUGUUUGCCAGUGACAUCCAAGCCAGGGUUGGAAUUCCGCUGUCAGAACGAAGAGAUUCCCAGCCUGGAAUGUAGUCUGACAUGUUGUGAGAGGCAUCGGGCGCUCCUUCCUGGAUUGCAGUUAACAGGGCUCUUCCCUGGCGUUGUUCCUGCACUGAUCCCAAAUCCUCUUUUGCAAACUCCUGUGGCAGGCAGCUGUUAAUACAUGUGGUACAUAUACAGCCUUCCGUACGGAGGCAACAGGUAUGCAAUGUGUGUUAAAACUAACCCUGUCUGUCAGCCGACAGCCGAUACUUCGGAGACACCCCCUGGCCUGGUGCAAUGAGAUUUAGCAACCACAAUGUCUUCCUUCUUGUGCCGAUGAUCAAAGCCUGGAGUCCAACGGGCAGUCAUUAUUUGUUUUUUGUUGUUCUUUCCUUCAUUUAGCCUGGAGUGAAAAGUCAGGGUUUGGCACUGAGGGCAACAGAAAAGCUGAGAAUUGCCAUCGGUUUAAUGGCACUGAUUCUGCUCUCGCUCACACUCUGCUUACACAAUCGAGCCUCACACAAUUGUCUCUUAGCUGACAUUGACGUGAGGUCAGUAUCAGACCCACUGAAACUCAAACGGAUCCUAAAUUACAGCUCAGAUAUCCUCGCCUCGCUGAUGUCUAGCACUUUUCUAAAUAGGUGGCUCAGCUUUCAUGCACUUAAGCAGCAGGACAAGAGGGAAAUAGGCAAAGAUUUCUCUCAGGGCUUAAAGUACACUGGCAAAUUAACAUCAGUGGUUUUUUCCAAGAAAUCUAAUUUCCUUGCCUAUGUUGCAAAGAACCCCUGAGAAUAUUAAAAACAACUGAGUUUUAAAUGACUAAUUUCCUUUUCACUGUUUACAUUUUGUACCUCUCACAUAUUUGAAAUGAGAUGAGUUAUGUUGACGUCUGCGUCUGGUCAGUUUCACUCAUAUUGCCAGCUAAGGCUGUGAUGUUUGGGUUGCAAAUGCUGCAAGGAAAUGUUGAUCUGUGUUUUUUAAAAGCUCCCACUAGCUGGAAUUAAAUAACAUUGGUGGCAAUAUUUCUAUUGGGCUGAGCUUCUUUAACAGCUGGUUGAUUGCAAAGCUUAAAUUUGGGGCCCAAUUUCAUUUGACAAUGUCCCUUUAAGUUAUUCAUAUCUAUUUUCAAAACCUAUUCUUCAAAUGGCAGAUGACUCUCUGGCUCGUUUCAGUUCUUAUCACAAAGUCACACAGUCAUGCUGUCAUGACAGAAGUGGGGAGAUUUGGCUUUUACAGAAUUUACAAGAGGUAUCCUUUUCUUGAUUUAUGUCUUUUAAACGUUGGACCACUCAACGGGUGCAUUUUUACAGUCAGUGGAAUCAAAUUUCAUCCCUCAAAUAACUAACAAACAAACAAACAAAAAACAGACACGUAAGCCAUUCUGACAGUGCCCUGUCGGUUUGGAAGCAGGUUUGUCCUACAAUGAAAACUCACAUGUCACAUAGUAGUUAGAGCUGGGCAAUAUUUUGCAACGGGUUCUAAGCUUGGGACCAGGUUUUGCUGAGCUUCAUCAAUCUUCCCGCUAACCUAGGGUGGACUUCUGGGCAAACGGGGGCAGGCAGAAUUAUGGUUUGUGGACAAAACCAUUCUGUAUGGUUUUGCAUGGUUUUGACCCCCGAAUUGGGCAGCUGUAGGUUUGAUUCAACCCAAAACUCCUGUGAUACAAACCCGGUGAAGUGAAUUCAAAAAAGAAAUUAUCACACCAGUGCCCCUGAAAACCAAAACAGGCAAGUUUCAUACAGCUCUAGCCAUGGCAUUUGUGUCCGGACACCGUGAUUCUGCAUCAGCACAAAGUCAUGAUGUGAUGCUCUGAGAUCACGGUCUCCUCAUCAUGCCACAGUGACAUUGCUCUUACCCUGGAGCAUCCCAAAAAGUAGGGAUGCAAAAAUUACCCAAUCAAAAACUGGGAUGAGUGGCGACUCAAAGUAAUUGGAAUCCUCCCCAUCCAAUCAAAUUCCUAAAGUCCCCCCUUCCCUUGAGCUCAGAGGGGAUGUUGGGGGUGGAAGGGGAAGAGGUAUGGAGGGCCACCUCCCACUCCUUGCUUCUGCACCUGGGUCAUGAACAUCGCCACGGUUUUCAUGACUUUUCUGUGCCUUGGGCUCCUCCAAAAUGCCAAUAACAAAGGGGUUAUUUUUGAGGUGCUCAUUCCCCUUCUAUGUCCCACCUCCAUCUCUCCUUCCCCCUCCCUGGUCGAUGAGCCUAGAGAGCACUUGGCUCUUACAAUCCCAUGCUGUGGCACAAAGAGAGGCCCCAAAGCUGGCCAGGCCUGUCCCACUCCUUAGGCCUUUCCCCUACCCAGCAGCGUUGCCAGAGAAUUUGGUAAGACGGCACAUUUGCAUUAUCAUUUAUGAUUUGUAGAGCAGGCUGGAAAUUUUUCAAUGGAAUGUUUUUCCUUUGGAAACCAAAACUUCCCAUGGGAACAUGUCUAUUUUGAUAAAAUUUUGUUUCCACGGGAAAAAAGUGAGGGGGAAAACAAGAGUUUUGAUGAGUUAAAAACAUUUUGUUUUGAC